AUGGAGCAAAGUGCUGAGGAUCCCGUGGACAGCCACAAAGACAGACCAAGCCUGAACUCUCCCUGGAAGCCAUUACAGUACUCUCAAAGGUGCCGCAAGAUCCCUCUGAAUGCCAAAUGCUCCCUCCCGACGGAGAGCGGCCAUCCAGAGCGCCGAUGCCAGGGGAGCCUGGUGCAGCUGGGGCCAGACCUAGAGACAGCCCUGCCCCCGACGGGAUCCUCCUCCUCCUCCUCCGCCGCCGCCGCCAUGCUGGGCCUCAACGCCAAGGGCCCCUUCGGCCUCCCCCCGGCCGCCCUCCACGAAGGGCCCUCCUUCCCCGCCGAGGCCUUCCGCCGCGCCUGCCUCGCAGGGCCCCAGCUCCAGGGCCAUAUAUUCGGAGGUGGCUUCGAGGAGAGCCUGCUCUUGGUCCGGGCUGAAGCGCUGGCGGCGGCGGCGGAGUAUCAGGCGGCGACCCUGGAGCCCCCCUCGUCUUCGCUGCCUUCUCCUUCGCCGGGGAAGGCCCAGGGCCCCUACUUCCAGGCCAUGAACAGCCUGGAGGGGGGCGGCGGAGGAGGCGACCUCCUGGAGCACCUCUCUCCCUCGGCGCUGCUGGGGGUCCCCGAGGGGCUGGGCGGCCCGAUGCCCGCCGGGGCUCCUCCGCUGCUGCCGCCGGCCUUAGCCGGGUCCCUGGAGCACCCGCCUCCUCCUCCUCCUGCUCCUGCUCCGCCGCAGAGCCCCUCGGACCCCCGGGAGCUGGAGGCCUUCGCGGAGCGCUUCAAGCAGCGGCGGAUCAAGCUGGGGGUGACCCAGGCGGACGUCGGGGCGGCGCUGGCCAGCCUGAAGCUGCCCGGCGUGGGCUCCCUCAGCCAGAGCACCAUCUGCCGCUUCGAGUCGCUCACCCUCUCGGCCAACAACAUGCUCGCCCUCCAGCCGGUCCUCCACGCCUGGCUCCGGGAGGCCGAGGCCGCCCACCGGGAGACGGCGCCCAGGGCCCCCGAGGGCUUCCCGGGAGCAGGAGCAGGAGGGCCAGGGCUGGGGCUGGAGCGCAAGAGGAAGCGGACCUCCAUCGCGGUCCCGGAGAAGCGCUCCCUGGAGGCCUACUUCGCCCUCCAGCCCCGGCCCUCCUCCGAGAAGAUCGCCGCCAUCGCCGAGAAGCUGGAGCUCAAGAAGAACGUCGUCCGCGUCUGGUUCUGCAACCAGCGGCAGAAGCAGAAGCGCAUGAAGUACGCCGCCGGAGGACACUGA